AUGAGGCAUACAACUAAACUGCUGUUAGAUGGUGGAAUCCUGGCACACAUUUUUGUGAUUGUCUCUGCCGCAGCUGCCACCGCUGCCUCUGCCGCUCACAGUAUAAUAUUUCCUGGCUCCAAUGCUGGUGUGGUGAUUCAUGAGAGUAGAUUUUGUUCAUCCUUCACUUUGUUGUACACAAGAGCUGUAGUUGCUGAGUUUCCAUCUGAGCUUCUGUCUAUCCCUAGCCUUGUGGUUUUGAAACCACUAGAACAAAUUCUUUCCCUCUAUCCUGCCGUAGAAAGAAAGCAUUUCCAAGAUACACAACCAAUACUGCAUUGCUUGGGAGUUGGGAGGAGGACCAAGAUGAGAGUAUCUUACAACAUCUUUGACCAGUAUAGCACCCCACUUCAGUGA